AUGGACAUUACGUUAUCAACGUUGUGUGUGAAGGUCUUUGUCGACGAAGUCUUCGAGCACAUUAUCGGACCGCCCAGCUCAAGUAGCACGACAGUUGCUGUUUUGUCCACUUUGGUGGACAGUUUCUUCGAUGAGAAGGAAGAGCUGCUUUCAUCCAAGCUGAAAGAGCUCCUCCGACCAUUUAAAGAGGGAUACGCACUGCCUCUUGAUGCUGACUUCCAACAGACCAUGGAAAAGACAGCAGCUGAGCGCGCCGCAACCCAAGCAGAAGGCGAUAGUGAUUCGGAACAGCAAAAAGGCAUCACUACAUUUUCUCACCGCAGAAAUGAUUUUGGAAUCGAGAAUAUUAUUCACACGAUGCAAAAGUUCUACGACAUGGCGCUACGAACGUUCACGGACAACUUGAUUAACCUCGCAAUCGAGAGUUGUCUGGUUCAGGAUCUUCUUGGCCUCUUUACUCCAAGACUUGUGAACAGUAUGGAUGACAGAAAGUUGGCGGAGUUGGCGGCCGAGCCCGAAGGGGUCCGCAAUUACCGAUCCCAGCUCCGGGAGGAUAUCAAGCUUCUCAAGUAA